UAACCUAUAAAACUCAUCUCAAAGGUUCCAAUAAUAAUAUUCUAAGUAGUUUAACAAAGCGAUGACUUUUAUUGAUUAUAUAUCCGACUUAUCGUCGAAUCCGUAUUUUGGUGCUGGGUUUGGACUUUUUGGAUUAGGAGCUGGAGCGGCGAUUCUUCGAAAAGGUUUACAAACAUCUCUUAUACUAUUUCGAAGACAUUACAUGAUCACAUUGGAAGUACCGUGUAGAGAUAAAUCCUACCAAUGGUUACUACAAUGGAUGACUCUUAAGGGGGCGAAACAGACGCAGCAUUUAAGUGUAGAAACUAGCUUUGAACAAAAAGAUACGGGUUAUGUUAAAACCAAGUACGAUUUCAUUCCAAGUGUGGGGACGCAUUUUUUUAGUUAUGGAGGAACAUGGAUAAGAGUAGAACGUACAAGAGAACAACACACUUUAGAUCUCCACAUGGGUGUCCCAUGGGAAACUGUAACAUUAACAGCUUUUGGUCGUAACAAAGCGAUUUAUUUCAACAUAUUGGAAGAAGCCAGACAGAUGGCGCUUAAAAAACACGAAGGAAAAACGGUGAUGUACACCGCGAUGGGGAGUGAAUGGAGAUUGUUUGGACAUCCAAGAAAAAGAAGACCCAUAUCUUCAGUCGUUUUAGAUAAUGGGGUUAGUGAUAGAAUUCUUCAAGAUUGUAAAGAGUUUAUAAAUAACCCCGGGUGGUAUACUGAAAGAGGGAUUCCUUAUAGGAGGGGAUAUUUGUUACAUGGUCCACCAGGAUGCGGAAAAUCUUCGUAUAUCACAGCUUUGGCGGGAGAAUUAGAAUUUGGAAUUUGCGUAUUAAAUCUUUCAGAGCGGGGUUUAAGCGAUGAUCGAUUAAAUCAUUUAUUAAGCGUGGCCCCCGUUCAAAGUAUCAUUUUAUUGGAAGAUAUCGACGCGGCUUUUGUAUCGAGAGAAGAUACUGUUCAACAAAAAGCUGCUUAUGAAGGAUUAAAUCGAGUUACUUUUAGUGGAUUAUUAAAUUGUUUGGAUGGUGUUGCAAGUACUGAGGCGAGAAUUGUUUUUAUGACGACGAAUUAUUUAGAAAGACUUGAUCCGGCUUUAAUUCGUCCUGGUAGAGUCGAUUUAAAAGAAUAUAUAGGUUGGUGUUCCCCUCAUCAAUUAGAAAUCAUGUAUUUAAGAUUUUAUAAAGGAGAAACAGCCGGAGAAGAAGCAAAAGAAUUUGCGGAAAAGGUAUCAAAGUUUAACAAAAACGUAAGCCCAGCCCAAAUUCAAGGUUACUUCAUGUUUUAUAAACAAGCCAGUACUAAAGAUAUAUUAGGAAAUGUUAAACUUAUUUGGGAAUUGUAAUAAUUUAUUUAAUUCAUAAAAAAAUUGUUAUUUCUUCUUUU